AUGGGUAUCUUAGUGAACGACACUACCUUCAGACUCUUCUUGGGCAACCUUGUCACGAUCUUCCCAGGACUCCUUUUUCUUUAUCUCAUAUGUGUAGGGAUCUACAACAUCUCGUUCCAUCCUCUCGCAAAUUUCCCUGGUCCCAAACUGACAGCAUUCACUGGCUGGUAUGAGACCUACCACGAACUCUUUGGUGCACCUGGCAAGACUUUCGCCUACAAGAUUCAACAGAUGCACGACGACUAUGGCCCUAUCGUACGCAUAAACCCUCACGAACUUCACGUCAGUGACCACCACUUUUUCGAUGUCCUGUUCGCUGGAGGGAGCGCUCGCCGUGACAAGUACUCGCCAAGUGCCAGUGUCCAGGGCGCUCCUGGUGGCAUCUUUGGGACCUUGAACCACGAUACUCAUCGAAUGCGCCGGUCUGCCAUCUCUGGCUUCUUCUCCAAGCAGUCUGUGGUUGUCCACGAAGGACUCAUCCACGAGAAGGUUGAACAACUCUGCGAAGUUUUCAAGAAUUACGCCAGGGAGGGCAAUCCGUUCAACAUUCGUGUCCCGCUGUUGGCUUAUACCACCGACUUCUACUGCGCCCAUGCGCUUGGCAAGACAGGCGACAUGCACUUAUUAAAAGACCAGGCAAAGGCCCAAAAGUGGAGAGCAAGUAUCAUCGGUCUACUUCACUUCACCCCUAUUGUCAGACAGUUCCCAUGGUUUCUAUCAUUCGCGUUUGAACUCCCAAUGUGGCUCAUCCGACGAGUAUCGUCAGAUCUGACUUUAGUGACCCAGAUUUUGCUGAACAUGGAAGGUCAAGCAAAAGAGGCCAUUAAAGACUCGUCGGCAUCUAUCGGUAUUAAAGAGGACAACGGCAGCCUAUUUCAAGCGAUUCUUAGAUCGAACUUGCCUCAGAGCGAGAAGGGCUCCAAGCGAAUGGCCCAAGAAGGCUUCAGUGUCUUAACAGCUUCGGGAGAUAUAAUCGGUAGAAUUCUGACCACUGCUAUAUAUCUGUCAGAUUGGAAGUCUAAUUCGACCGCGGCAUACAGCCGACUGCGCAGGGGCCAAUUAGGGGCCCUAUUUACGAUUAUUAUAGCCAGCUUAACCUAUGGUUAG